AUGACUCAAGUCCGCACCUUCACCCUUCCCCAGCCUCUUGGAGAGAGACUCUCUGAGCCUACUCCCAAGUCGGCACCCAUCGACGCCUCCGUUCCUCGUUCUGUCCCUGAGAUCCCCGAACUUCCUCAGCAACGACGUGACUCGUCCGCCAGACUCAACGGCGACUACAAGCGAGUUCCCAUGGCUACCUACAGCGAGUCCAAGAAGGAGGGCGGCAUCACCUUCUCUGGCCAGGACAAGCUCCCGAAACUCCCCAUCCCUGAGCUGGAUGCCACCUGCAAGCGAUACCUCGAAGCCCUUAAGCCCCUCCAGACGGUCCGGGAGCACGCAGAGACUCAGCAUGCUGUGAACGAGUUCCUCAAGGGCGAUGGCCCUGAGCUGCAGGAGAAGCUGAAGGCUUAUGCCCAGGGAAAGACCAGCUACAUUGAGCAGUUUUGGUAUGAUUCCUACCUAAACUACGACAACCCCGUUGUUCUCAACCUCAACCCCUUUUUCCUCCUGGAGGAUGAUCCGACCCCCGCUCGCAACAACCAGGUCACCCGAGCGGCAUCCCUAGUUGUCUCAUCCCUCGAGUUUGUUCGAGCCGUCCGUAAGGAGGAGCUUGCCCCAGACAAGAUCAAGGGCACCCCCCUGUGUAUGUACCAGUUUUCACGACUUUUCGGCACUGCCCGAGUCCCUACCGAGGCCGGUUGCCAGAUCGAGCAAGACCCCGAGUCGAAGCACAUUGUCGUCAUGUGCCAUGGCCAGUUCUACUGGUUUGAUGUCUUGGACGACAACUCGGAUCUCAUCAUGACCGAGAAGGAUAUUUCCAUCAACCUGCAGACCAUCAUCGAUGAUGCCACUCAAAUCCCCAUUCAGGAGGCUGCAAAGGGCGCCCUGGGUGUCCUGAGCACUGAGAACCGCAAGAUCUGGUCCGGACUUCGAGACGUCCUGACCAGUGAGCCUGAUUCCAACAACGCUGACUCUCUCGGCAUUGUCGACUCGGCUCUCUUCGUCCUCUGCCUGGACUACACGGAGCCUGCCGAUGCUGCUGCUCUGUGCCAGAAUAUGCUUUGCGGCACCAGUGAGAUUGAGAAGGGUGUCCAGAUCGGAACUUGCACCAACCGCUGGUAUGACAAGCUCCAGAUCAUUGUCUGCAAGAACGGAAGCGCCGGAAUCAACUUUGAGCACACGGGCGUCGACGGUCACACGGUUCUUCGGUUCGCUAGUGACGUUUAUACUGACACCAUCCUCCGUUUCGCCCGCACCAUCAACGGCAUGGCCCCUUCGCUCUGGGCCUCAUCCAGUCCGGAUCCCUCCAAGCGUGACCCUGAGAGCUUUGGCGAUGUCAGCGUUACUCCCCGGAAGCUCGAGUGGGACAUGAUUCCUGAGCUCAGCGUCGCGGUCCGAUUUGCUGAGACCAGGUUGGCCGACUUGAUUGAGCAGAACGAGUUUCAGACCCUGGACUUUAGCCACUACGGAAAGAACUUCAUCACCUCGAUGGGCUUCUCUCCCGAUGCCUUUGUCCAGAUGGCUUUCCAGGCUGCCUACUACGGUCUGUAUGGCCGAGUUGAGUGCACUUACGAGCCGGCCAUGACCAAGAUGUUCUUGCACGGCCGAACUGAGGCCAUCCGAACUGUCUCUCCCGAGGUUGUCGACUUUGUCCAGAGCUUCUGGGCUGAUAACCCGGCCGAGUCCAAGAUCGAGGCGCUCAAGAAGGCUUGCCAGAAGCACACUGCCAACACCCGACAGUGCUCCAAGGCUGAGGGUUGUGAUCGCCACCUCUAUGCCCUCUUCUCUGUGUGGCAGAGGAGCCUGGAUGAAGACCUUGACAGCAACUUGAACAGUACAGGUUACUCUAGCCCCGAUGGGUACUCGGACCGUGUGGGAUCGCCUGUCAGCAACGGUUCAUUUCCAUCUACAGAUGGUGUCGAGGUGAAGCCCUCCUCGCGCGAGCGCGGAUACAGCACCAACUCUCGUUCGCGGGAUCAGAACCCUCUGCCUCUCAUGUUUGCCGACUCUGGAUGGGACAAGCUGAACAACACCAUCAUCUCUACGUCCAACUGCGGAAACCCUGCUCUUCGCCAGUUUGGAUUCGGCCCUACCUCUGGAGAUGGUUUCGGUAUUGGAUACAUUAUCAAGGAUGAUGGACUCGCUAUCUGCGUUGCCAGCAAGCAUCGUCAGACCAAGCGUUUUGUCGACACCCUCGAGAGCUACCUCCUCGAGAUCCGCCGCAUCCUGCGCAUCAGCAACCGCAAGAUGUCUACCGGCAAGGCCAGCCGUGCUCGAGAGGUCGAGGUCGAGAGGCCCAAGCCCAUCAGCCGAGUUAAGAGCCGUGGACGCCCCAUCACUGCCGUUGACAGCCUCCGUUCAGCCACCGGCACAACCUCUCCCACCAACGAGAGCAGUACCUUCAGUGAGGAUGACGAGAUGGGUGGAUAUGGUUUCUUUGAUGCUGGCAUGCUUCUGCAGGCUCUCAAGGCUCGCCACGUGCAGUUUGAGACGACUACGGAGACGCGGGCUUCGGAACGGGCGGCGCAGGCACAGGCCCGUCGUCGUGAUAUUGGAAAGAAGUUGAGGCUGAUUGAUUACUGA